AUGGGUGGGCAGUACGGUCAAUGCCCCGAGCCCAGUAGCCACGUGGGGGAAAGCGCGGUGGGCGUGCUCGCCAUCCCCAGUCCGCGGGGCGAGCGGGCACCCCCUGCUCCAGCCGCCAGUGGAGAUGCCGCCACCUCCUUCCUAAGGCCUGGAAGCCGACUCCUGGAGUUCUCUCUGACUGUGCCCUUUGGAUCCCCUCUGGAGGCAGACAUGGCCCGCAGGUCCCUGGUCACCUAUGCCCAACGUCAGCAAGAGAUGGUCCACAAGGAGCUCACAGUGACUGGCAGUGUCUUGACGGUUAGGUGGACGACUGAAGACCCAAUUCUCUUCAGAAUUUCAGUCAACGGUUUUCUUGACCAGCUUUCCAUGGUGAUGAGGAACUUUUAG